AGGAUAAACGACGAAGGAUCCAAAAUGAGGACGUGAAGGUCACUUUGGUUUCACAUUGCACCGAUAGAAUGGCGGAUAUUCAACGAGCUCAAUUGACUUCAGAAGCAUCAUGGAAAAAGUUGCAAAACUACUUUGACAGCAAUGGAUCAACAAUUAAUAUGCUUCAAAUGUUCAAAGACAACCCGAACCGCUUUGAAAAAUUCAGCACCACACUUAAUACUAAGGAUGGAGACCUUUUAUUGGACUACUCCAAGAACCUCAUCAAUGAGGAAGUGAUGCAAAUGCUGUUCGAUCUGGCUCGGGACCGGAAAGUGACAGAAAUGCGGAAAGCCAUGUUUGGUGGGGAGAAAAUCAACUUCACUGAGAGCCGAGCUGUCUUACACAUUGCACUCAGGAACAGGUCCAACGAACCUGUCAUGGUGGAUGGAAAAGAUGUGAUGCCUGAUGUCAAUGGUGUUUUGACACACAUGCGUGAGUUCUCGGACGCAGUUCGUAAAGGCGAGUGGAAGGGUUACACUGGGGCGGCCAUCACUGAUGUCGUCAACAUUGGCAUCGGUGGAUCCGACUUGGGACCAUUAAUGGCGACUGAGGCACUGAAGCCAUACCAGAAUGGCCCGGAUGUCCAUUUUGUGUCGAACAUUGAUGGUACACACAUGGCCAAAACACUAAAGAAACUUAAUCCAGAAACUACUCUCUUUAUCAUCGCUUCAAAGACAUUUACGACACAAGAAACGAUCACAAAUGCUACAUCAGCUAAGAAGUGGUUCCUGGAGGCUGCCAAAGAUCCUUCACAUGUUGCAAAACAUUUUGUGGCUCUGUCAACUAAUGCAACGAAGGUCAAGGAAUUUGGAAUUGAUGAAAAGAACAUGUUUGGCUUUUGGGAUUGGGUAGGAGGACGAUACUCACUAUGGUCAGCUAUAGGCAUGUCCAUCGCCCUCCAUGUCGGUAUGGACAAUUUUGAAGAAAUGUUGGCUGGUGGACACUUCAUGGACAACCAUUUCUGUACAGCUCCUAUGGAACAAAAUAUCCCCAUUCUCCUGGCACUCUUAGGAAUAUGGUAUAACAACUUCUACAAAGCUGAGACACAAACUCUUCUGCCGUACGAUCAGUAUCUACACAGAUUUGCUGCCUACUUCCAACAAGGUGAUAUGGAGAGCAACGGUAAAUACAUCACACGGAGUGGUCAAAAGGUCGACUACAAGACUGGACCGGUCAUCUGGGGGGAACCUGGCACCAACGGUCAACACGCAUUCUACCAACUCAUACACCAAGGUACCCGACUGAUCCCAUGUGACUUUCUGAUGCCUGUGGAGACACACAAUCCUAUACAGGACGGCCUCCAUCAUGAGAUUUUGAUGGCUAACUUCCUCGCUCAAACAGAGGCCCUGAUGAUGGGAAAGACGUCAGCUGAAGCACGUGCAGAGCUCGAGAAGUCCGGCAUGAGUCAGAAAGAUUUGGAACAUAUACUUCCUCAUAAGGUAUUCGAAGGCAAUAGACCCAGUAACUCGAUCCUGUUCCAGAAACUCACUCCGUUCACCUUAGGAGUCCUCAUAGCCAUGUACGAGCAGAAAAUAUUUGUACAAGGUACAAUCUGGGACAUCAACUCGUACGACCAAUGGGGAGUUGAACUGGGUAAACAACUUGCGAAGGUUAUCCAGCCUGAACUGGCAGGGAAGGAUCCGGUGUCCAGCCACGAUUCCUCAACAAAUGGUCUAAUCAACUACAUCAAGAAACACUCAUCCUAAACACAGCAGGGGUCAAGGUCACAGGGCCUACCCAAGGUCAAGGUCACAUGAACACUUGAUUGUCUCCCUUUGAUUGACCAGGUUGAUCUGUUUAGUCAAUGUUUGAAUAAUUAAAACCGAAGAAAGCAGUUUUAAUUUAGCAUUAAAAUGGUGGUUUUUGUUUUGUGGAACUCUUUGCAAGUGUCCAAGGUACUGUAGCUAGUAUCAAAGAAUUCAGAAUCUCUAAAAAAAAAAAAAGAAACCCAAAAACUUCUUGUUUCAUAACAGGAAAUUGCUAUUUGAUUAUAAUUUUCUGUGUUUUACAUGACUUUCAAAUGCUAAAUGUAUUGUAUAUGUACAUGUGUACCAUACCUGCAUGUCGACUAUUUGAAUGUGGGCAGUAAGUGUGUGGUGAGGGUUUAUAACUGUAUUAACAACCUUGACUCUCUGAUAAAAUAGCGGUGCAAUAUUUUUUACGUGAGCUGUUCUAUGAAAUGUAUUUAUUUAAUUCAGUACAGAUACAAAAUCAAAGAAAAAUUCAGAUAUAACUGUUGCAAAUGAUAAUGACAAAGAUUCUACCUAAAAUUGAAAUGGUUUAAAUGUAUCGUGUUGACGUGGGAGACAAAUGUUCGGGAGCAUUUCAAACGGGAAUGUUUGUACAGAAAUAUUUUUUUUUUUUUUUUUUGUAUUACACUGACCAUGACCAUAAACAUAGCAAUUGAAUUUGAACUUAGCUUGAAAAAUUCACCUCUUAAUGAUUUUGUCGGCAAUCACAAACAGAAGUAAUAAUUGAACAUGUAUGGUGUUUAAAAGUUUCUUUCUGUGACAGUUCACCGAUAAAUAUAAAAUUAAUAUGAAAGAUUUGGUAAAAUUACACAAGUGAAAUCUCCAAAAAGUGAAUCCAAUCUAUGUAAGCUCUCCUUACGAAUUCAAAGGUUGAAAACUUCUCACCAUUGUGAACUGUAAUGCAUUCAGCCUUGUGUUCACCCAUAAAUUCUAACUAAGAAUCCGGAAACAAAAGUCAUGAAUGCUAUGAAUUGUGGAUUUUCAGUUUUGACAAUUACUCAAUUCUUAUAAUUAAACAAGUUUGAUAUGUUCCAAAGAUGUGGGGGUUAUUUCUGUUUGAAAGUUCAGAAGACAAAUUUGGCAGGGCUUCAGGCUGAAAAAAAAUGUUAAAUUUGUUACGAAAAGAAUUUUGUUUUGUUUAUAUGUUCACUAUGUUUAAGGCUUUACUUCUAUCGUUUGAUGAAUCGUAGAUUUUCGUGCUAUUUGUUGCCCCUUAUUGUUGUCUAGUGUUAAACUAACUCCAAGAUGUACAUGUGGAUUCUGUGUGUCUUGGUUUAAAUAUGAUAUAGAACAGUUUUCUGCACAGAUAAGGCACCUUAAUUAAGUUCAUACAUAUUUUACAGUAAAUGUUACUUUUGUCAACAGGUUCUAUUUCUUGUAGUAAAGGGAUUAUUUUUCACUAUUUUUCGAGGAAAAAAUAAAAUAACAAAAUAAACAUAUUAAUUUGAUAGAAUAAAUCUAAUGAAAGUAGGAGCAGUUUAAAAAUUGAUGAAAAUUAUGAGCAGUUUUAUAAUUUUUAUUUUCAUUUGGAUUUAUUUGUCAUUAUUUUUGAGGGUGGAAUAAAAUUGGAAAAUAUGGUUAUAUUGAAAACAAAUCAGUAGAGGAAAUUAACAGCAGUUUCAUAAUUUCCGCAAAGAAUACUUCCUUUACCUUCAAACUUUUAUAGGUAAAUCUGUGAAAAUUUUAUCAUGUACAAUGUCUAUGAAAUGAAGUUGUAAGUAUGAAUACUAGUUCAGUUGUCCUUUAGUAAGGUAAAAAAGCUUACAGUAGAUCUCGCUUAGUUUAGUCUGUUUUACCUAAGGCCAGUAUGUGCAGACAACAUUGAAGAAAGGUUAUUGUAGGAAUAUGUCAGACCAGACACACUUGAUAGUUAUGAUGGGCAGUAGGACAUAUUAAGAUAGGCUGAUGUAGUACUAACCUUUAUAUCAUUACUAACUUUAACACUGCUUUAUUCAUAGUUAGUAUUAUUGGUAGUAAAUCUGUAGCUGAAAAUGUUAAUUUUCUGGAUGAAUUUCAUUUUGGUAACAAAGUUUAUUAUUAGACUUUAGUCAUAUUUUCUGUCUUUUCAUGUAAUAUACAUGUAUAAGGUUUAUAAGAGAUAGGUUUAAGUGGAAAACUUACCAUACAUUCUGAAACAGAACUUUUGAUGGUUACAGACUGAGGUCUUUCCAUAUUGUAUGUAUUUAAAUAUUUAUAUUCUAAACUAAAAAUUAUCUUUAGUGGGUAUAUGAUGUUAUUAUAAGAUGCAAUUGCUAAAAUGUAUAUUGUCAUUUGUGGCGAUAUUAUGUGCAAAUCUAAUCUAGGUAAAGGUUAAUCAACCGAGAUUUUGUUACGAUGGUUGUUUGUUUAUUUAAGUUUUUGUUACCAAAAUCAUGUAUUAAAAUCAUAAACGUUUUAUUAAAAACCUAGAUUGGCCACUUAACGAGAAAAGUGGACUUUUCUGUAAGUAAGGUCGUAAACUUCUUUGUCGUUGAGACUUAUUGAACAUUUUUGUUAUGCAUUGUUAUUGCAAAAGUCCACUAAAUACUAUUUAGACAAUAGAUAUGUUUUAAUCAAACAUUUGGAAUUUAUUUCAAAAUUGCAAAUAUUCUUGAAAUAUUGUACACAAGUUUUGACAAGAGGGCUAAUUUACAUGGUGCAAAUAAUUGUGUGGCAAACAUGGUGCAAAUAAUUUUCUGGAAAAAUGUGGUGCAAAUAAUGUGUGAUGCUAUGGUGUUAUUAUUGAUAAUGUACUUAAUGUCUCUUGAAUUGUGAGGUCAGCUAUUUGUUGUUUCUGUGAUCUGAUAAUAUUAGAGGGUAUGUGUAGUACAGUUCUAAUGGUUUAGCUUGUAACUUAAAAAUCUUUAUUUUUAAUUACAUGUAUGUAUAUAAAUAUUUCGUAAAGUCCCAAAAGCAAAUGGCUUACAUAGUUAUGUGUAUCAAUUAUUAAUCUGGAAAUAAAAUGCACUAUAAGCACA